GAAACAGCAUCAUUUGAAGAACAGUUUAAAGACUUGACCUCUCUCAUCUCCUUCUUUGAGGAGUGCUCAAAGCAAACAUGUGAGUUUAUUGACAAUAUGAAAGAGAAGUUCUCUGACAGCUUGAAAACAGAUCUUAUGACUGACAAAGAAAGGCAGUGUCUGCAAUCAUAUGCUUCCAAGAAAUCUACUCUUCUUGUUGUUGGCCAAACAAAUAGUGGAAAGAGCUCCUUUGUGAACGAACUCCUUGGUGGGUCAUUCAUGCCAACUUCUGAAGUACCAUGCACAUCUCGCAUUGUCCGUCUUAAAUACAGUGAGAAAAACUAUAUCCAGGUAUUGGAUAAAUCCAAAACUAAUGAAGGAGAGAAGAUUUUCUUCGUUAAAAAGAAGGUACCGAAAGAGGAAAUAGAGUUGGAUGACAGCCAGAGAGGAGAUCAAUCCUGGGUCAAUGCCAUGGUGGAAGUGGGCCUAAACAAUUCUCUCCUCCAAAAUGGACACCUGGAAGUUAUUGAUGCACCUGGGAUGAGUGAAAAUGAAGCUCUGGACAAGAUUGUUGAGGAAUGUAUCCACGGCAUUCUUCAAGUCAUUAUCUACGUCAUAGAUGGGAACUCCUCUCUAAGGUUGCAGGAAAGGGGUUUUCUUCUUAACCUGAAGGAGAAAGUUGGUAACUUGCCCAUUUUCUACCUGUGCAACAAAGUUGAUAAGAAUACGACAGCCCUGGAGUUUGACAAGGACUCUGACUCAGAAGAAGAUAAAGACCCACCUAAUGAGGAAGAAAAAGAGGUGCUCGCUUAUCGGGCUCUCUCUCAAUGCCACAUGGUGCCUGGCGACAUAGAACCUACACAAUGUCCUUUCUUUCACGGUUUGUCCACUAAGGAGGUCAGAAACGCUCGACUGAAGAAGCAUUCAAACAAGUAUACUAAGCAGUUUGAUGACCUCAAGUUUAAGCUGCUGAAAUUUGUUGCCGCUGGAGUGACCAGCCAUCUACGAUCUGCAGCAGAAUUGCUCUGUCAGAUCCAGAAGAGAGUGUUUGAUUUCUUCUUGAAUUGUGACUUCAAACAAGAAACGAUUCAUGCUCAAGAUGAGUUAUUUAAUAAGCUUGAGCUGAAAGAACGCGAUUAUGUGGUAAAAAUGCGUGGCUAUGUCCUUCAGAAUCUCUAUAAGCUUUCCAAGAUUGUAAAAGAUGGUGUCAAGUGCAACAGACUUAAGAUCGUAACUGACGCUGCCCAAAUGCAGUUUGAUUCAAUCAAAAUUGGAGAUGUUGUCGGGCGAAAUGAAGUGGUAGAACAGUGCCGCAGACAGAUUAAGGACCUGGUGUUGUUCAAGGCUACGAAUAUAUCGCUGAUAAAAAUUCAACACACUAUCUCCGUUAUCACCGACGAUCUACGCACAUCUCUCGAAGGCUCGCUCAGUGAGGUCGGCAAAAAAGACGACCAAUUAGCUACGCUUGUAAGGAGGCAACUGCAGUACAGUUUCCUACAACAUUUUGAGACGCAAGACGUUUGUCCUCAUUUUGAUUAUGCUUUGAUGAAAAGUGGAGUGAGGCUUAUGGACAACGCGAAGAAAGCUGUCAUUGAUGUGUGGUCUGCCAUUAGCGGGAGGGGGACGUACCUUAACGAAAAUUGGAAGCGAAGUAUCGCCGAAGAUGUGCUAGACAACGUCGAUUGCGAUGCCAUCGCACGUAGAAUUUGUGAUAGGAUGCUAGAGGAUCUGGAAAACGGGCACGAAUUGUUCCAAUUGAACCUGGCUCACAUGAAACAAUUUUGCCAAGCAGCCCUAGAACUGUCUGAUGUUCAGAAAAAAUUCGCCGCAGCACAAUCCCCACAUUUUUCCAGACUGAUGAGUGAGGCCAGUGCUCUUUCCCAGACGCUCGCUUUCGAUGUUCCUUUGAGAGCAGUAGUUGGGGCUCAAAUAGGAAGGAACGGCAACCGAGGCAAGGUUUUCGAGGACAAAACCGACAAGGAACGAGUUGUGAAACAGCUCACUGUUGCAGUUCACCCCAGUGAAAUGCGAGAUGAACAUUUGCUAGGCAUUACAAGAACCCUAGGAAGGAUACAAGAUGAUAUUUCCACAAUCCUACGACCUAUUUCGUUGAGAUUGGACGGAAGUAAUAGGGUCUCUGUUCUGUUUCCAAAAAUGGCCACCAACUUGUUCGAAAGUCUUCAGAGUGAUCCAAUCCUUUUGCCUCAAGGUCUGAGAAUAACGCUGCAAAUGGCUGAUGCUGUGGAGAACUGCUGGGAUAGACGCAUUUACCAUGUUGAUCUCAGGAUCACAAACAUAUUGCUUGACUUCCACGGGAAUGCAAAACUGAACGUUUCUAAGCCAAGGGAUGACACGAUUCCGUAUCCUGACAACCAGGCGUCUUUCCAUGUUCCUGCUCAGAAUCCCUCUGUAAGCGCAUCUGACCUUGUUUCGUUGAACACUCUGCAGGACCAUUGUGUCUACAGUCUUGCAGUCUUGCUUUUGCUGCUUGUGGAGGAGAAGUACUGCAGACCACCCUAUGCCCAGACGGUAAAAGUGGAUGAGGUGUAUACUGCCGUAGCCCGAGGAGAAGAUUGUGCGUACGUCUGCGGAAUAAACGAUCCAGAGGGUCGGUCUUCUAGCGAAAGGAAAAAGGCUCGCGAAAUUGUCCUUUCUAUUUUUAACUUUCAGCGGGAGCAUAACGAGCAUCUGCUCUCAAUGAUGGAUUCUUUCAAAUCGAAAGUCACUGAGGUGGUUUCUAGUUGUGAAAUCCCCCAACAAUUUGAGACUACACUUUGAAAAAGUCAACUUUUCUUCUUUGUCAAGGGGUUAGGCAAUUUUUGGAUGGAAAAAAAACCAGAAUUUACGGCUGCCUUCGAGGGAGACCUUAAAACUCCAAUUCCAUUUCCACCUAGAAAGCAAUUUAUAUAAGCCAAAUUUGAAAAGAAAAGUUUUUAUUACAUUGUAUAAUCCAUUAGCAUUCGAUUCAACUUGUGCUUGUUUCAUUUUGCGUUGUUAUUUAUGUCUUUUUGUCUUGCAUUUAAGGCAACCAUAGAUGAUGAUGGAGUAUUUAUACCUUAGAUGUACUUUCAGAGCUGUUUUAAGGCACGAAAAAUUGGUGCUACUAUGUUACCCGAAGAAAACUUAUAUCAGCAUAGGGUGAAGUUAGAAAAUGAACUCGGGUUCUCGCGUUUUUUAGUGAAAAUCAUAGCGCGUUAAAAGCUUGCUAGGAUUUUGCAAUAACGGAUUCUGCAAACACGUGAUGUCGUCAUGACAGAGUUUGUUCUUCUAGUCGUUUUAUUGAACGGUGAUUGCGUUUUACGGAUUUUAGUUCAUCUUGCUUUUGUUGAUAUGACAAAUGUGGUACCAAUGAAUAUACUCAACCUGUACAGUAUGACCUGCAAAAGACACCGCCUCUUUUCAUCUACUUCGACUACCAAGGUAUUUUUAUCACAGGCAACUGUUACCAGCUUCUCGAAAAAUAACUUUUUGAGAAUUACAGGAGUUCGGAGAUAUGUUAAGCAUUAAAACAAAUUUAUUUCCUUUAUACUUCGCAGAUAGCUGUAGCUCGGUAGAGAACGAGGUUCGAUAAGUUGGUUUUUCGAUUAUUAACACCUCAACCAAAUAUUACGAGGAAGUUCAUUAGCUUUACUGCUGCUGUGGUAACUGGUUCUAUUGAGGAAAUGACAACAUUUUAACUGUGAGCGUCUUUUUCGUUCCAGAAGAUUACAACACUGUUAAAACCAUAUCACAGUACUGUGUAGUGUUGAAAAAACAAAACAAAAAGACCAAAAAAAAACUAAAACAAAAACAAAACCAACAGAAAAAUAGGAAACAAGGGAAACGAAAACAUAAACGAAAGAAGAGAAGAUCUGUUGAUGUAGCUGCUGUAUUUUGGUAGUAAUUAGAUCUAGAAUGUAAAUGCUUAGUAAAAUUAAGCUAAAAAUAGUGCUUUUAAUCCUAUCACCAAGAGGGAUAUAGUUGCAAAGGUGUCUGCCUUUUUUGUGCGAGAGGGAAAAUAAUAAAUUGUUACUUGU